ACACUCCACUGCGACAUCUGCUUGGAAAUCAGGUUGACGGGUUGACCUACGGCCUGUGUCAGAGGUCACAACAUGGCGUCAAGUGGACAUUUUGGCGACUCGUCCGGAGAGAAAACCGCCAAACUGGACAUGUCUCAUGGGUUUGUACACCACAUACGGCGGAACCAAAAAUCAAGGGACGACUAUGACAAAGAGCAGAAGGCCAAGCAGGGCCAGAGAAGACCCCGACACACACAAGCCUCAGUCCGUCCCAAGAAGCCUGACCAGGUGGUGUACAGACCACGUGCCAAGCGCGAGAACCACACAGAUGCAAAGAAAAGUAACUCAUCAUCAGAUGAGCAUGAAUUACCCCGGAGAAAAGCACUGUUUCGGUUGGAGUAUGAAGCUAAGAGUGGAGACAUAACAGACAUCAUUAUCUAUGAGGAUGAUGACCCCAAAUUUGUAGCAGAAAGGUUUGGAACACAGUUGGGACUAUCAGAUGAUUUGAAAAAUGCACUUUACAUACAUUUAGUAGAUGAGAUAAAGAAAUCUAAUAGUCUGUCAGCAGAUAAGAGAUAACAUUAGUGGAUAGUUUUAUCGCAGAUUGCUCAUUAUCUGUAUGAGUUCUGCCCACCAAGUACACGUGUAUGCAGACGGCUGCCAUGUGGAAUGCCAAAAUGUGUGUACAUCAUGCAAUG